AUGCCUAAAGUACACACACACGUCACAUUCCCGACAUCCUCCGUGCCAGUCGCGUGCAACCAGAAGGGUUGGACUCUCGUCUACCCUGAUGGCUUUGCACAAGACAUUGGGACAGCAAGUGGGGUUGAAGGUGAUUCCAGUCCAUCGCUCCCUGAUCCAGACGACCCUGUUAGCAUCAUGCAGCAGUUCUUCGCUGGUGCCGCCGAGGAUGGAUUGGAGGAGCCGGAGAUCUCGCUUGUGGUAGAGCCGCUCAGUGCCGGUGCGAAUGUCGAGGACGACGAAGAAGAAGGAGAAGAAGACCAAGAAGAAGAAGAAGAAGAAGAAGAAGAGCCGCCGAAGAAGAAGAAGAAGACGACGAAGGAGAAGGCGACGAAGACGACGAAGACGACGAAGACGACACCAGCGGAGAAGAAAGCUGGCCCCGCGCCGAAGAAGAAGAAGACGCCUGCUUCUCCUCCUGCGUCGCCGCCUGCGCCGGUGAAGAGACCAAGGCGCGCUGUUCGCGACUCCGCUCCGGCGGACUACUAUGACGACCCCUUCGGGGACAAAGGUUUGUCCUUGCCCUCGCCCACGAUCAGCUCAUUGACCCGUUCCUGA